AUGGAGGAGGCGGAAGAGGAGAACAACCAGCUGGCCUUCCUGGAUGUCCUCGUAUGCCGCAAAGAUUGUGAUAGCCUAAAGAAAAAGUGUUCAGGAAAGCGACUAAUACGACAACUCCGGUACCCUCCGCCACCGUCGACCACUACCAUCUCCGCCAUCCUUGCCACAGACUCAGCGACAACGACGACCACCACUUCACCCACUCCCUCAACCGGUCAAAUGACACUGCGGACACACCGUCAACCAUUACUCUCACUAUUGCCAACCCUACUCCCAACUAUUUGA